AUGUAUUUUACAAUGAAACAAGAAAUCGAUGUUGCAGUUGAUCUACUUUGCGCCUAUAUUCAACGGUACGGCACAGCCAAGGAAGAAUCUAUCGAACUAUUUCGUUUACAACUUGGAAAAGCUUUACUUGACCAUUAUCGAGGACAUUGGUAUCCUGAUAAACCAACUAAAGGACAAGCUUAUCGUUCGCUUGAAUUCAAUAAAGAAAAUGACUUUUGUGAUACUAUUGUCGGUCAAGUGUGUGGCUAUUUAAAUUUCACACCAAGUUUACUUGGCAUUCGACAUGAAUUAACCUUAUGGAUUGAUCCCUAUGAAGUUUCGAUAAGAUUGGGAAAUCAUGUAUGUCCAAAAGAUAAUCAACAAAUAAUUGUUGCUCGAUUUGACAAAGAUGGAAAUGAAAUUAUGCAUAAUGAUCUUGAUGGAUUACUUUCUCAAAGUCGAAUUCCUAUGGUAAACCCGUCGCGUACAUCGCCAACAAAUUCGUCACCAUGUGAUUCAGUUAGUAAUUCGGGUUCAUCAACGCCACAACGUACAUCAUCACCGUUUUCAGUUGCACAACAAUCAAUGUUUCGCAAUGAUCCAUUGUUUACACCACCGAGAGCUUUAUCACCACAAGCUCCAGCGUUUCAAAUGUUCUCAUCGGCUCCAAUUAGUGUUCCAUUUAGAGGACAUCCAUUAGAAAAUAGUAUUAAUAUUGAUGAUCGCUUACUCAUGGAAGGAAAUCAUAGUCAACCUGAACGUUCCGAUACACCACAUUCAAUGAAUAGUACAACAUCAAAUGAAUCAUCUGAUAGUGGUUAUUGUGGUUAUGUUGAAAGUUAUCCAUAUUAUUACAAACUCAAUCGUUUAUAUAAAGCUUUAGCUAUACAAAAAUGUGGUCCAAAUCCAUCAGCGGUGCGUAAAACUCAACAUACUCGCCGUGUGCCACGUCAUAUCUAUCAACAGCAACAAACAAUUAUCAUGCCAACAAAUUUUUCAACAUCUCCAACGACGCCAACUCCAAUGAAUAUUGACCAAUUAGCUCCUUUCUAUGAGGAACCACCGUUCUAUCCUAUUUCAACGGGUGCUAUUGGUAGUCGAAAAUCUAAGUAUUAG